AGAAAAGAAAAGAAAAGAAAAGAAAAGAAAAGAAAAGAAAAGAAAAGAAAAGAAAAGAAAAGAAAAGAAAAGAAAAGAAAAGAAAAGAAAAGAAAAGAAAAGAAAAGAAAAGAAAAGAAAAGAAAAGAAAAGAAAAGAAAAGAAAAGAAAAGAAAAAAAAGAAAAGAAAAGAAAAGAAAAGAAAAGAAAAGAAAAGAAAAGAAAAGAAAAGAAAAGAAAAGAAAAGAAAAGAAAAGAAAAGAAAAGAAAAGAAAAGAAAAGAAAAGAAAAGAAAAGAAAAGAAAAGAAAAGAAAAGAAAAGAAAAGAAAAGA